UCAAGGAUGCACCUUACCUAGACCUCGUAGAAAAUCAAAUCGCACCAGCGUCCCUUGUUCGAUGCUUCUCUCACUUCGGCAAGAGCUUCGACGGUACUGGAUUGCCCGGUAAAUCAUGGUACAGCUGGCGUCCCAUAUCAAUAUACACUACCUGCCUCUUAUUCAUAUCAUCAAGUUGACAGAGUCGUGUGGGAAGAAUCCUACUUCACGAGAACCAUACAACAUUAUGUCAGAUAUGACGACUCGUGCGGGUAUCCGCAAGAAGAUUGUCAUGAGAUUUGGUCGCAAAACAGUACGCCUUAGCAUUGGUCAAGGCCGAGAACUGUUCGUCGUACACGAAGAACUUAUCUGCACCUCGUCGUAUUUCCGAGACCUUCUGCAACCGAAGCGCAAAGCAAUCGUUGCCGAUUGCUCUAUCUGCCAAGAGGAGCUCCAACCGGACGAGGAGGAGCCAACGUACUGCGCUUCCUCCUGCUGAUGCGACUUCCACUAUGCUUGCAUUGAGGAACAGAAGGGUCAGACGCCUGCGCGAGGGACAAGCAAAUGUCCACCAUGUCGACAGAAGUGGACC